AUGCUCAACGCUUUCAAUGCCCAUUCAAUCUUCGAGCUAGCCCCGAAAGAGCGUUUCAAGAUUGAAUCGCUGCUAGCUUACGGUUCGUCUUUCUCGCCUUUCUCCACCCUGAUGGGGGAGGGGGCCACGGCUAACGAAGGCUCUACAGGUGACAAGCUUCUUUUAGGCCUCUCAAACGGUACCCUUCGGCAUUACAAGGUUCUGUCCCCGGAUUCGGACCAGAUCUCCUUGGAGCUCUUGCGCAACAUCGACAAGUUCUCCCGACGAUCGAUAGAACUGCUCGCGUGCAUCAAGGAAGUGCAGAUUCUGGUUUCCCUCAGCGACAACUAUGUUCACAUUCACGACCUGAACGAAUUCACCCUUACCGAAACCCUGACGAAGACGAAAGGCGCCUCAACUUUUGCCGUCACGAGUAAUAUCGAACGGGACGAAAAGACCCAGAUUCCCAGCAUUGUGAGUCGGUUAGCUAUCGGCAUUAAGAAGCGGCUGCUGCUCUACUCGUGGCAUGACGAGGAGUUCUUGGAAGGGAAGGAGGUGGUCUUGAGUGGCGCCGUGAGGUCGCUCACCUGGGCUUCCGGGAGAAAGGUUGUCGUGGGACUCGCCGGUGGGUUUGUUGUGAUUGAUGUGCGGACUGGGGUCACGAAGGAGAUCGCUCCACCAGAAACGAAGGGUGGCGGAGCCUCUGGGCCUGUUAGCAGCGAAGCCGCUGGAUGGGGAGCUUAUAUGGGAAUGGGAGGAUGGGGGUCCAAACCCUUGAGUACCCAUUUGGGCGGAGAUGACCUUUUACUGGUGAAGGACUGUGAGUAUACUGGUACUCUUGAUCUGCAUUGCUUCGCGUCUAACCGAUUUGGCAAUUGCAAGCUACGACCUUAUUCGUUGACUCGGAGGGCGCAAUUAUUCCAAACAGGCGACCAGUGCCAUGGCCAGCCUCUCCAGAUGCGGUCGCCUUUUCAUAUCCGUACUUGGUAUCCCUGAGCACCGCCAAGCAACAUCUCGAAGUUCGCAACCCAUCCACAUAUGCCCUGCUUCAAACCAUCCACCUGAAUAACGUCUCAAUACUCCACGUGCCCCCGCCGAAUGUAUCACUUGUCCACGCUGGUAAGCUAUUUUAUAUCGGCUCCUCGAGCCAGGUCUGGCGGAUGACUGCGGCAGACUACGAGACACAAAUCAAGCAGUUGAUAGAAGGGGAUCAUCUCGACGAAGCUAUAAGUCUUCUUGAAAUCUUGGAAAGUGUGCUCCUAAACAGCAAAGGAGAGCAGCUUCGAGAAGUGAAGAUGCUGAAGGCAGAGCGACUAUUCGAAAGGAGGAAAUACCGUGAAAGCAUGGACCUAUUCACUGAAGUGUCGGCCCCCCCUGAAAGAGCAAUAAGGCUAUUCCCAAAAGUUAUCGCUGGCGAUCUGUCCGUAUGUGAUACUACUACCAGCGACUCCGUCAAUUCUGGCGAGGUGGCGAAUGGUUCUGAUGCUGCAAGUCGAUCUGGAACCCCCGAGUGCGAGGCUUGCUCAACAGUUGAACCCAUUACGCCGAAGAAGUCGGGGACACCCCCUCCACUGAACGGAAAGCCACCAACACCAAUACCAAAGAAGCUGAAUGGAGCAAAUCCCGAAACUUCUUCCAUCCGGAGUAUAUCCCUGACCAAAAAGGUCGGCGAUGCCAGUUCCAUAUUCAACUUCGGAGGAGGGAGGGGCCAUGUGGAUGACGACGCAGCGAGCAUCGCCGUAAAACACACAGAAACCAUCUCAGAUGGCUCCCCGGUCUUACAAGGCCCCGAGCUCGAGAAAGCCGUGGAUCACCUCUCGGCACACCUAAACGACACCCGUCAAGCGCUAUCAAAAUACUUCCACUCGGAUGGCGCUCUCCGCGGCGACCCCGCAAAUAUAAUUUCCAAAGCCUCCAGCACCUCCGGCACAAACCGCGACCCCUUUGAAGCCAGCUUCCUUGCCGCCGGCAAACCUUUAGAUGGGUCCUCGGAGGCUUGUGCCGAACGAACCGAAAAACUCCUCACUGCCGCCCGUUUGGUCGACACAACUCUCUUCAAGAUCUACAUCAUCGCGCGGCCCGGUCUAGUCGGUCCAUUUGUGCGCAUCCAAAAACACGGUGACCCAGAAGUCUUCAGCGAGAAACUCCGUGAGCUCGGGAGAUUCACGGAACUCAUUGACUUUCUCUACCAGCGGGAGCUACACCGCGAAGCGCUCGAACUUCUCCUACAGUUUGGCAAGGGCCCGGAGGAUGAGCGUGCCCCCUCGCUUUGCGGACCUCGCAGGACAAUCGCCUACUUGCAAAGUUUGAAAUCGAAUCACAUAGACCUCAUCCUCGAGUUCUCGCAAUGGCCACUAGAAGCGGACCCCAGUUUCGGCAUGGAGAUAUUCACGGCCGACAGCGAGAAUGCUGAAUCCCUGCCCCGCUCAAAAGUCGUCGAGUACUUACAAUCCCGCUCCACCGGUUCCGCGAUCCAGUACCUCGAACACGUGAUUCACGAAUUGGGUGACCAGACGCCCGAGUUCCACACGCGGUUGAUCUGGCUCUACUUGAACAUGCUGAAGCAGAGGCCCGAUUCUGCGCACCACAGUGAGAAGUUACUUGGGUUUUUGACGGCGAGUAAACAGUACCGUAGUGAGAAAGUCCUGGGCUGGUUGCCCAGGGAGGACCCGGCGUUUUACGAAGCGAGGGCGAUUGUCCUAAGGAAUAUGGGUCAGCACAAGGCUGCGCUGGAGAUUUAUGUCUUUAAGCUACACGAUCAUGUUAAAGCUGAAGAGUACCCUCCCCCCUCCCUUCCACUGCUGGUGCUAACGAAAAACAGAUAUUGCAAACAAAUCCACCUAACAUCCACCACCACCCCUACAAUUUAUCAUACCCUCCUCACACUCUACCUCCGCCCCCCGCCUCCACACACCCCUCACCUAGCACCGGCAUUAACCCUACUCUCCCGCCAUGGUGCCCGCCUCGAAGCCUCAGAGACUCUAGCCCUCAUCCCAGAGGGGACAACAAUGGCCUCGCUGGAAUCAUAUUUCCAAUCACGCAUUCGGACCGCAAAUUCCAAAGCCAGUACCGGGCGAUUAACCGCAAUGCUGAGGAAGAGUUACCUAGUGGACGUGCAAGACCGCCUGCUGAAGGAGCAGGGAGUCGCUGUAGUCGUGGGUGAGGAGAGGAGUUGUGGCGUUUGUCAUAAGAGGUUGGGGGCAAGUGUGCUCUGGAGAUUGGCGAGGUGA